CGAGCUCCCACCAUGGCAUCCACGUGGCGAGCGCGGACGACGGCGUACGUCCUCGACGCCUUUUCGUUGGCACUUCUCGCCGGCGCCGUUUGGCGCACGCCGAGUCUAGUCGCGACAAUGUACCUUCUCGGCAGCGUCGCUGGCUGCCUCACAUCGUUUGCGCGCCCAGCACUACCGCCAAUGGCCGCCGCGGUCGCCGCCGCAUCGUUGGUCGGCUACUGUAUGGCGGCGGGGUGGCCCCUUGCGCGCGCCAACGUCUGGUUCGCCUUUGCCGGCGUCAACGUCAGCACCGGCAACAUCCUCGUCGACGUUGCCAUUGCCGUCCUCGGUCUUGCGCAGACCGUUCGCCAGCGACACGCGUCUCCGCGGCCACUGCAGCGUCAGGUGUCGGGUGUCGCGAUGCUGGCGUCGCUCUUGGAACGACUGCCUGCGCUGCGCAACGCAGUGCAUCGUCUCGACGCACACAUCAACCUCCAAGCGCUUGUCGUGCUGCUCAACCAAGCUAUCAUUGGCGGCUGCCUCUUCGUUGCAGCGUUGGCGACCCCUGGCGCCCUCGGGGGCGUCUACUAUCUGUUUGGCGUCGGGCGCGUUGUGCAGUGGACCUUUGUGACUACCAUGAUCCCACCGCUGCCGCCGCCUGCGGUGGUCGCCGCGCCGCCACCCCGUAUCAUUACCACUUUGCACAAAGCUCUCGAGCUGCAUAUGAGCUACACUGGGAUAACGACAACAAGCCCUCGGCGACGGGCCAUUGGUGUCUACAUCCAACGCGGCGAUGAAUCUGUCCUUGUCGGCGCAACCGAGACGCAGAGCGUCGAAGAUGUCAACGCAACCUUCCACGUCCCCGUCUCAGUCCCUCUCGAGACCGACGAGGCUGUGCAGCUCAAGGCCGUCGUUCUCGCGUCGGCCUCGGACGGAGCAUGCAUCGAGAACAUGCGGCGCGUGGGUCAGUGCACGUUCCGAUCCUCGACGCUGCUCGCCAAGCACGGCAAGUCCGACGCCCGAUUCCAGCUGCUCGCAAACGGCGCGGGGUGCGGCCACCUCGGCGUGCGCUACCAGACGACCACGCGCAUCGCGUCGACGCUGGAGGACCUGCCGUCGCCAAUCGUCGAGCGGCAGCCGUCCUUUCACGCGACGCCGUUGGCCGAAGACUUUUUCACCGACGCCAACAUUCCCGUCUUGCUGACGAUCAAUGUCGUGUGCCUCCUCUGCGCACACGUCUACCAGUAUCCGCUCUGGGCCACCAUGCCGCUCACCGAGCGCGCCGGCGAGAUCCUCGGUCUCCAAGUACAUCGCGAGGCAAGCACGCCCUACGUGUCGAUAGCCGCGCAAGUCGGUUUGUUUCUCAGCGCCGCCAAGCUCCGGUCCUUCUACAUGCACGCGCGCGCACCGGCCGCCAACGCGCUCGCGUCGAGCUUGCCCGACGUCGUCGCCAAACUCUUCUGCUACGACCUCGUCGCGGUCGUCGUCGCGGUGUUUUGGUGCAUUUCGUACCCGUCGUACGUGAGCGCGGGUCUCUUGGGCAUCACGUUUGCCUUCCUCGGCGUGUACGGCGUCCAGGGCACGUCAACGCCACUACUUGUGCUCAUGACAAGCUACAGCCUUGCGUACGCCACGUCGGCGUACCUGCUCCUGCUCCCUUGCGUCGCAUCGGCACUGCCAACGUACUAUGCGACAUUAGGCUACGACGACAUGGAUCUGGGGCUUCAAACGAUCUGCGCACUUGUGCUCUGCGGCUGCCAUCGGACGCGGCGUGUCUGGCAUCAUCCAGCGCCACGUUCAACAUCUGCGGCCGAGGGUCCUGCCGACGCCACGUCGCAUUUUGCUCGCUGGUUCGAGGACAUGCGGCUCAUGGCGCUCUGCCACGUCGACAAGAUGGUGCUGUUUACCAUUUUUGUCGUCGUGCUGAGCACGGCCGCGACUUUGUUCCAAGCCGGCUUUCUCAUCCUAGCGACGUACCUCUCGCUAUACAAAACCCACCGCCAGCGGCUCUGGCGCGGCCUUCUUCUCUACUCGCUCGCGAUUUGCUUUGCGGUCUACGUGUGGAACAUAACGUGUCCGACGCCAACGACCGAUGCAGCUCUCUACACCAUCGCCGGCCUCAGCUGCUAUCGCGACACCAAAGUCACGAUCCUGCCGUCCACGCCACGCCCAAUAUCUGCCGACACACCGACGCUGGAGCCGAUUCUCUUGACGUCGGCGCCUUUACCAUCCACCCUCUCGGCACCUGCAACGACGACGGCGCCGGUGCCAACGGUGACACCGACGCCGACGCCAUUGAUUAUUCUCUACAAUGGCAGCGGCAGCGGGAAUGCGCUAGGCAUGGUCAUUGAAGUCGGUGUCUUUAAUACGACCGCACCGCGGCUUGGGAGCCUCUGGACGUCCUCGCUUUUCAACGCGCAGCUGCUGCUCAUCGCCCAAGUCGUCGCUCAGCUCGUGCUCUAUAACAAGCACAUUCAUUUACGUGCGAUCACGGGUAGCAAGCGCCCGUGGUUUUAUGUGUCUCGGUUUGCCCUGGAGAUUGACCGCGCGUACCGCCUCGUUGGUGUCGCCGUCAACUACGUUGUGCUACUUGCCGUCGCCCUCGUGUACGAGCGCACGAGCGACGGACGGUAUGCGACGGCCGUCGGCUGCGUCCAGCUCCUUCUCUUGGCCGCGCUUCUCGACUCGCACUUGAGCAACUUGACGGCUUUUCCACGGGGCACGCCCCACUACCGCCGGCUCUGGCGGCUCGUGCUAGUCGUCGAGCUCGUUAUCCUCGUGCUGCGCUACGUCUACCAGUUUGAGCCAGUCGCGGACGCGAUUUUACGCAACUGGAGCUUCCCGUACUGCAACAUGGAGGACAUUGGCUUUCGCAGGCUAGCGUCCCAGACGGAGCUCUCGGGGCUUUUCUUGUACCUCUUGCCCACGUGCGCGAUGGCGGGGCUGGCGGCGUGGCAGCUCGCCGCCAUGGACAAGGCCAUUCACGUUCACAGUGUGUUUCGAACGCCAACGUGCGCAGCCUACUGGCAGUACACACUCUGUCUCAUCCACGGCGUCUCGCACAGCUGCUUUCUCCUCGUCUUUCUUGCAGCCAUCCUGGCGACCGUCGACAUCAGCGCCGUCGGCUUGGCCUUCUACUUGAUUGCGCUCUGCGCGACGCCCAACCGCCGGUUCGAUGCGGCGUGGCCAUACCUCUUUUCCCUUGCGCUGCUCGUACUCGUCGUCUUGUACAGCGUGCAACUUCGACUCGACAUUUUCGCAAACGCCGAUGUGGCCGCGACGCGACGCUGGUUAGGGUUUGCCCGCCUCGACGACUCUGCGGGCAACACGACGCUCUGGCGACUCGGUCGCGCGCCGGUGCUAAUGCUCGUGCUCUGCAGCUUCCAGCGUGUCGCCUCUUGGCUCGUGCCCGACUCAUUUACGCCGCCACCGGUCGUCGCCAGCUGGGUCACGAUACUCUCACGGCUCUGGACGCGCCCGCUGGCGAUCAGCGUUCUCCUCUUCGCGCUCGUCGUGUCGGCGUUCGUGCAUCUCAACGUGCUUUCGCUUGGGUAUCUGCUCGUCGUUCGCGCGGUGCGGCACGCCGACUGGACCAGCGACGGGCUGUAUCUGCAGCUCUUGCGCCGCCUCACACCCCUCCUCAUGUGUAUCGCGAUAGCGCAAUAUGCACUUAUGCUGUGGGUACCGUCGUGGCUCCUCGCGGCGCAGAGCAGCUACUUGCCCUGGUCGGCCUUGUCACCCGCUCUGCAGCAGUGGCUCUUUCUACGCUUCCAGCACAAGUGGUCGCUCGUCACGGACUUCUCGUGCAUGUUGUGUCUCGCCUUGCUACCGCGGCCGUCGGCGCUGACCGCGAUCGCGUCGCACCCAGAGAAUAUGCAACGACCGCCGGCCCUUUGGACGACCCUCUCGACGCUUGUGCUGCACUACUCGGUGCCCACCGUGCUCGUCUACGUCUUUGUCACGGGCUGUGCGCAAUUCGGCGUUGCCUCUGGCGUGUACCUCGCCUACUCGAUCUACCUUCUCUUCCAUUUGGACCGGAGCGACUUGCAACCCAAGCUAUUGCGAUCCCUCAUGGGCUUCAACUGGCUCUACCUGAUUGCGCUCCUCGUCUACCAAAUGCCGUGGCUUCACGACACGACGGAAGCAUGCAACCUCGGCACGCGGUCCGCGUCCAACGGCGUCUGCCUCUCCGUCCCCGUCUCGCUCGGGCUCUACAAGGCAGGUACGGCAGUAGGCACCUCGGACGCGGCGUCGCCACCGACGCUGUCGAUUGUGAUGUUUCUCGUGCUGCUCUUGCUGGCGCAGAUCCUCGACUCGCCAGCGUAUGCCGAUGUUCUCGACUAUCAUCGGAGUCAGCUCGAGCGGUGUCAGAAGCGCGGGUUCCUUCUCAACGACGCGAUCGCAAGAGAUCGCAUUCUACAGUGGCGCCACCUCAAGCAGGAAAAACAGGCUGCGAUCCAGCGCCUCAAAGUCAUCGUGUCCAAGCUCGUCAACAAGGUCGAAGAGAUGAUGGACAUCGCGAUGGGGCUGCACUAUUCGCUACCCCCCGUCGCCCCCGCGCGCCCGCGCGUUGUGGCCACGUCGCAGAAUUCCGUGACGCUGCAGUGGACGCCGCCCGAGUCCAAGAUCCACAAGAUUCGGAGCUACCGCAUUUCGCGCCAAGUGUUUCCAUCGCUGACGCUGCUUGGGGACUUUGGCGACGUCGUCACGAUCAAGGCGCACUCGACCUCGUGUGAAAUCAGAAGCCUCCGGCCUGACACGACGUACCAGUUCAAAGUGGCCGCGGUCUCGCGCAUGGGCGAAGGACCCUUUAGCGCCCCGAGUGCCCCCGCCAGCACGAUCGCGCUCAAUUGGGGCGACAGCUGCACCGGCGGCUGGCUGCGCACGCGCAAGACGGUGCCUCGGCACGGUGCUCUUUUGCGUCUCAGCACGUAUUUUCCUUCGCUCCAGACCGCGCGCCACACCCUCCGCUACGUGGUAGUCGACGGCGACCGGCUCACGCUGUAUCGAAGCGAAGUCGUGGCCAUGAAGCACCGAGACGAGGUCGCUGCGCAGCCGACGCUUCGCAAGAAGCGCGCAAUGCAAGCAAAGAAGGAGUUUCCGAGCUUCUGCUUGGGCCAUAUUGCGAGCCUCGAUCUCACCGAGCACCAACACCAGCUCGACGAGAUGUCGCCAAAGAUGUACUGCAUGGACGUGCACGUCGUCGUACCUGCACCCAAGGGCCCACCCAAGACGCGGACGUACAGCUUCCAGCCCGAGUCAAUGGCGACGUUCGAUACGUGGGUCGCUGCGCUGGCGUACGGCGCGCCGCCGCUUGCGUUGGGACCGCGUCUCCUCGCGUACCUCGGUAGCAAGCACUUGCAGAUCCCCGCGUAUUUUCUGACGCCGCCGCCAACGAGUAUGCGCCGGCACUCGACGCAGCCCGACUUGCGGAGUCUCGAGAGUCCAUCGUCGCGGAGCCUCUCGUUUUCACUGUCCCCAUCGACCCGGCGCGACUCGCUUGCAUCGGUCGUCGACGCGCCGCCGCCAGCGCGAGCACCCCAAGUGCUGUGGUUCGUGCAGUUGUAUGCGAUUCUCCAUACACUACAAGAUGUGGCGCUGCAGCACGAGACAAGAGCGCUGGACCUGAACCAGAUCGAGACGCUCGACGUGCCAAGCGUGAGCGAGCUCUGCGCGGUGCUGGUGAACGUUCUGCGCAGCCACUCGGGGCCAUUUUGCUACCUCUCGUUCAUCGCCGCGUUUGCAUUUCAGGCCGACGCGCUCAAUGCCGUCUACGUCGUCGCUCUCUUCCUCGUCGUGCUCUGCGAGAACCCGCGACCGAGCGCCUACCUCUGGAAGUGGAUUCUCAAAUACUCGUUUAUAGCGCUCUUUGUCCGGUAUCUCUUCCAGCUACCGUUCUUUUGUCAUAACUACACCCAGAGCCAACGUUUGUACCCGAGCAUGCAGCCGUUCUGCCCCGAGACCCAGCUCUCGCUCACGGCCGUGCCCUUCCAACCCAUCGUACUUGCCGGGCUCUACAAGUACGACGGCAGCGCAACGUCGGCCGUCACCACCAAGUUUCAAGGUCUCCAGUGGACCUUUCUUGUGAUUUGUGCUGUGCUCUUUCACCGGCGCGAGCUUCAGAUUCGCGGGUUUUGGGUGCUGGCGCACGUCACCACGUCGAAUCCGAACGACGACGACGACGAUGCCGCAGCGUUGAAAGCGCUGCCGCGCUGGCAGUACGUCUGGCAGCGCUACUUGGUCAAACGACCGCUAAAGUCGGAUACGAAGAAGAACGUCAAUGGAUCAAUGGUGGCCAACUUGGACUUGACGCGGCUGCAUUUAGACGCGCUGCAAGCCAUCGAAGAGACCGAAGCUCAAGACAACCAAGACGAUACUGACGCAAGUCAGAGCACGCUGAGCCGCCGCCGUAUACGCCGGCACGACUCGACCGACUCGCUCAACGGCAACCAAUUUGAACUGGCCGACUUUCUGGCCGCGUCCAACACGGCCGACGUGCCCAUGACGCCAAGUGGCGACGAAGUUCCAAGUAUCGAACACCAUACGCGGCAGGACGCACUCAGUGAUCUCAACAACCACGUGGAGCGGCUUUUGGACGAAGGACUCGACGACCACGCGCCGUUGCUGCUGCAUCCGCUGUCGCCGUCGUUUGAUUUGGAUGACGACGACGCCAGCGACGAAGGUAGUGAAAACGACGAGACCAAGCCGAGCUCAAGCACGACGCCGAGCGAGCCGGCUGUGCCCAGCGAGGGACUGCCGAGUGGUGUGGAGCCCGUCUACAUUGAUGAAGCCCAAGCGCUCAUUCCGCGGCCCAGCCGGUUUCAAGCGCUCUUUGGCCGCGAGGCACCGGCGUGGGUGCUAGAGUACUACAAGCACCUGUUGCCGUCGCCGCCGGUCGACUGGGACAAGGACAUCAAGAAGGCGGCGCUAGGUACGAAGCCCGGCCGGGACUACACGCUUGCCUCGUUUGGCGCGUGUGUUCUCUCGAUGGCGUACGCAGUCCUCUUCUUCCACAACCUUGGCGACCCGCCCGUGCCAGGCGCUGCGCCGUCGUCGGCCUUGAGCUUGAGUUCGUUCAACGGCUCGAUGCUCUCGGGCUACAUGGUCGGCUUGGUCUUCUUCCACGUGGCAGUCAUCAUUUGGGACCGCGUCGCGUACGUCUACGGCUCGCUGCGCAUCAAGCUGUGUUUGCACUACUUUGUCGUGCUGUGCGUGCACAGUCUCGUGUGGCUCGUGCUGCCGACCGCGACGACCACGUACCUCCCGUCGUCGCCGUCGCUGGUCGCCUACUACGGUCUCCAGUGCAUCUACCUCGUGCUAAGCAGCCAGCAAAUCAAGUACGGCUACGUCGUCUUCCGCGGCAACCCGCUCAGCAUUCGCCAAGCCGACGCACUCACCAAGACAACCUUUGGUAUCUACCUCGCGACUCCGUUUGCGUUUGAGAUGCGCGCGCUUCUCGACUACAUUUGCUCGACGACCGCGCUCGACCUUCGCAUGUGGCUGACGCUCGAAGGCAUCGCCGCACACCUCUUCCAGGUCAAGCUGGCCAUGGACACCCGAGUUGAGCAGUGCGACAUCUUGACGGGCAACCAGCGGCAGCCGAUGAAGAGCAAGCUCCAGACGGCGGGUGUCUACUUUGCGGGUAUUCUCGUCUGCCUCGUGGCGCCCUUGGCGCUCUUCAGCACGGCCAACCCAACGACAGUGCAGAAUGCAGUCGUGCAGGCGUCGGCCGAGUUUGGGCUUGUCCAGAGCGACGGCACGUUCCAGCAGCUCUACACGAGCCAGUCGAAUACGAACCCAGCGUCCAAGCUCAUAUUUACAUCGGCGAUCGAAACGUAUGCGCAAGACAUAGCAUUUGCCUCCUACUCGAACAACCUCUGGAGCAGCUCGCCGCCGCUGCGACGCAAGCUCAUUGAGAAGCUCAACUCGACCGACGUCAUUCAAUGGAAGAUGACAUUGACGUUCUCACGCCCGGCGCCCCAAGGCCAGCAAGCGGUGACCUAUUCGUGGUUGCAGAAUGUGACCGCGCCGCAGCGACAGCUCAUGGCCGUCAUGAUGAACGUGGACGUGGCGUCGCAAGCCAGCUACGAGAUCGGCACGUCGGCGACGCUGCGCAUUUCAAAUAUGUACCCCUCGGUGCUCAACAUUGCAGCGACGGCGCCGCCGCACGUCCGCGCCCCGUUUCUACUCCGCACGAUCGAGAUCCGGCGGUUUGCCGAGGCGUCGAGUGGCAGCUACUGGUCCCUCGUCUCGCUCGAUACGUUUGCCUACACCAAUGCUACACCCGUCAGCAACGCGACGGCGAUUUCGUGCCCGGCGAGUGCGGGCUUUUGCUUGAUCACAGUCUCGGACAACAUUGUGCCGGGCUUGAACUCGAUCGGCAUUGGCUCCUACGGCAUCACGGCGACUUAUGUCUUUGUGCUCUUCACCAUCGGCGCGCAUGUCAAGAGCAUCCUGCGCGGCAACGUCUCGGACAUUCUGUACACGGAGCUUCCGAAUCCGGACGACCUCAUGGACUUGGUCGAGGGCAUUUACAUUGCGCGACAAGAAGAAUAUGUCGGACAUCUCAAGGACGAAGCCCGACUCUUCGAGACGCUCAUUCGCGUCCUUCGAUCGCCCGAGACGCUCCUCAAGGUCACGGGCCCCAACGUGAUUCACAUUCCCCACGCCAAAGAGAAAAUUGAUUAGCCAUUUAUUGCACGCGUAAUAUAUACACAUCGACACUGCAGUGUUGAAGGCGCCCCAGAGAAUAUCGAAGCGAGGCUG